AUGAUUUAUGUCAAAUACCUCACAGGGCUCCUGUCCCUCUUUCAUGCGGCUGUGGCUGCUAAGUCGAGAUAUGUGGUGAUUGAACAGCUGAACAGCGCACCCAAUGGGUGGGUAAGAGGCGCGACUCCUUCGCCUUCUACUGCGAUGAAAUUUUGGCUGGCGAUAGAACACGAAUACAAGGCAGAGUUCGAACAGAAAGUCAUCCAUCUGUCGACUCCUGGCCAUCAUGACUAUGGUCAGCAUAUGACUCGUGAGGACGUUAGGGCCUUCCUGCGCCCUUCUGAUCAAGCCUCAAAGACAAUACUAUCCUGGCUGGAGUCCGAGUUUGUUCCUUCGGAUUCCAUCGAAGAACAUGGAGACUGGAUCACAUUUACAGUCCCUUUGUCCCAAGCAGAGUCAAUAAUGCGGACCGAUUUCUAUAGCUUCCACCGUCCGGGGACCAACGAGACACAAAUUAGGACGCUGAAAUACUCCGUCCCAGAGGAUGUCGGUCCCUACCUUCAAAUGAUCCAACCAACGACCCACUUUGGACAUCCGAAGACGCAGGCAAGUCUGCCGGGUCUCAUGCCAGUGGCGGUCGAUAUCGAUGACCCAGACGGAAACUGCUCGACGGGGGUAACGCCGGGCUGCCUUCGUCAACUCUAUGGAAUCUUUGACACCAAGGCGGACCCUAACUCAAGUAACGUGCUUGGCGUUUCCGGUUAUCUGGACCAGUACGCACGCUACAGUGACCUCGAACAAUUUAUGGACGUGUACGCGCCGAAUAGUACAAGCGCCAACUUCUCGGUCGUGUCUAUCAACGGUGGUCUUAAUUUACAAAACUCGCGCCAGUCGAGCACGGAAGCAAGUCUUGACAUUCAGUAUGCUAUCGCGGUGGCGUACGAUGCCAACGCGACGUUCUACACCACUGCGGGACGGGGACCAUCCGUUUCGGACCAGGGCGAGUGGAGCACCAAUGGCUCGACCAAUGAGCCGUAUCUUGAGCAGCUUCUAUACCUCCUAGAUCUUCCAGACGAUGAGCUUCCCGCCGUUCUCAGCACAUCUUACGGGGAAGAUGAACAGAGCGUUCCGGAGCCAUAUACACGAGCCACAUGCAAUCUGUUUGCACAACUAGGGGCACGCGGGGUGUCUGUGAUAUUCAGUAGCGGGGAUUCGGGCGCUGGGGGGUCGUGUCUUUCUAACGAUGGAGCCCAGAGGAUUCGUUUCCAGCCUAUUUUCCCGGCGCCAUGUCCAUUUGUCACCGCGGUGGGUGGCACUGAGGGCAUUGGUCCAGAAAGAGCCGUUGACUUCUCGGGAGGUGGGUUUUCAGAUCGCUUCUCUCGUCCGUCAUACCAGAACGCAAGUGUGCAGAGCUACCUUGAGACCCUGGGCGACAAAUGGGAUGGAUUAUACAACCCAGAUGGCAGAGGUAUCCCCGAUGUUGCUGCUCAUGCCAGUAACUAUGUCAUCAGAGACCACGGAGAGUGGUUGAGAACUGCAGGCACAAGUGCUGCUGCCCCCGUCUUUGCAGCGAUUAUCUCUCUAUUGAAUGCAGCGCGGCUUCAGCAGGGGAAACCCACACUUGGGUUCCUCAAUCCGUGGCUGUACUCACUGAACCAGACAGGAUUCAUCGAUAUUGUGGACGGUGGCUCAGUGGGUUGUGAUGGCAUAGCCGGAGCUCUGGUUCCCUACGCAAGCUGGAAUGCCACCAAGGGAUGGGAUCCAGUCACCGGCCUCGGGACACCAUUUUACCAAACUUUGGAGCAGAUUGUUAAGAAUUCUUAA